AUGGCCGGAGAAAUAAACAUUAAUAUUGUAACCUUACUCCUCCUCACCGUCUUCGCGAAAAACCUUUUUCCGGCGAACGGUUCACAUAACCGGGUUCAAUCCAUCUUCUCAUUUGGGGAUUCAUUACUUGACGCCGGAAACAACCAUUACAAAGUGGGUUGUAAAUCUCAGGCCGAUUUUCCGCCUUAUGGCUCCACCUUUUUCCACCACCCUACUGGCCGGUUCACUAAUGGCAGAAUCGUCGUAGAUUUUAUAUCUGAAUUAUUGGAAAUAAAUCUACAAAAAUCAUACCUUGAAGCGGAAAUGGAAGUGGAGAUUGGUAAUAAAAAAUAUUACCCAUCAAAUGGCCUCAACUUUGCUAGCGCUAGUAGUGGAGUUUUGCCAUGGACAAAUGGAGAUUUGGGAAUCAUGUCAAUCCAGGACCAGCUUAAAAAUUUCCAUUCCAUUUUACACAAAAACAAAAUACCCAAGGAGCAAGUAAGAAAUUCUCUCUAUUUUUUCGAGUCUGGCUCAAACGACAUUUAUGGAUAUUUUCUCAACUCGAAUUCAACUAUCGACGCCAACACUUAUAUUCAAGCAAUGUUAAAAGAAGUUGACAAUUUCAUCAACAAAAUAUACAAGUUGGGAGCCCGAAAGAUCGUUGUGUAUUCUCUCGGCCUUGUUGGUUGUGUCCCAGCUAGGGUUCUAUUUCCAGGAGCACCAACCAACAUUGAAUGCUUUGAAAAGAUGAACACGAUGGCGAAAGAUUAUAAUAAAGGGUUGGAAAUUUUGGUAUUGAAUAUGCCAAAAAAGUAUCAUGGAUCUAUUGGUAUUCUUGCAGAUGUGUAUACCAUUGUUGAACAAUUAAGAGCAACACCUGAAAAAUAUGGACUUUCGAAUGUGUCGCAUGCAUGUUGUGGUCAUGGGACACUUAGAGGAUCGUUGCAGUGUGGAAAGAAAGGAUAUGAAUUGUGUAAGAACCCUAAUGAGUACUUAUUUUGGGAUUAUUUCCAUCCUUCGGAGCAUGCUUAUGAGCUUGUCACAAAGGAGAUAUGGAGUGGAAAAGAUGCAUAUGCAAGACCAUUCAAUUUGAAAACCCUAGUGAACAAAGAAAUAUAA